UUCUUAAGGGAAAAAAAAAAAAACCAGAAGAACAACAAAGCAAGCAUAUAAUUUAAGUGUUAAAACAUUUUCUUUUAUGAUUCCGAUUCACCAUAAUUUAGGACAAUGUAACCGGUAUCUAAAUACAUGUCACCACCCAGAGGCUUGUUGAGAACAACAGCCAACCAGGGGAGGAUAAAUGUUUCUAAAUAUUUUGUUGGUUAGUAGCUAGGUUAGCUUCGAGGUUAGCUUGUUUCUGAAGUCUUUCCUAAAAGGUUGGCAGAAAUUAUAAACGUCCAAAAAACUCACACCAGACUCUCAGCUUUAUUUCUUAACUGUUGGGGAUGGGAGGCCUGGUCAGCAAGGUUAAGUACUGGGGACCAGAGGAAGCAGCAGAAGGAGAAAGCGGCAGCCGACGACAUGGCGGAGAGUGUAAAAAAAGGAAGCGAAACGCUCAGUGCGACUGUGAUAGUGAACAAGAGGGAGAUGAUGACAUACUAGAUACACCUCGCAGGAAGAAGUUGAAAAGCACCUCAAAGUACAUUUAUCAGACCUUGUUUCUAAAUGGAGAAAACAGUGAUGUUCGCAUCAGUGCUCUGGGGCAGGAGUGGAACCUCCACAAAGUCUACCUCCGUCAGUCUGGAUACUUCUCCAGCAUGUUCAGCGGCUCUUGGAAGGAGUCAAAUAUGAUGGAAAUCAACUUGGAGAUCCCGGACCAGAACAUUGAUGCUGAAGCUUUGCAAGUCGUAUUUGGAUCUUUGUAUCGUGAUGAUGUUCUGAUCAAGCCCAGCAGGGUGAUCAGUAUACUCGCAGCUGCAUGCAUGCUUCAACUGGAUGGUUUGAUCCAGCAGUGCGGUGAAACCAUGAAGGAGAACAUCAGUGCAAAGACUGUGUGUGGCUACUACUCUUGUGCGAGCAUCUAUGGCCUUGAUUCAGUCAUAAAAAAGUGUCUCGAAUGGCUUUUGAACAAUUUGAUGACGCAUCAGAAUGUUGACUUGAUGAAAGAACUUGGGGCUGAUGUGAUGAAGCAGCUAAUCCAGUCCUCAGAUCUAUUUGUCAUGCAGGUGGAGAUGGACGUCUACACUGCUCUGAAGAAGUGGAUGUUUCUACAGCUCAAUCCUUCUUGGGACGGUCAAAUCAAGCAGCUUCUGUCUGAUGCUGAUGCUUGGCUUUGCAAACGUAGGACAGAUCUGUGUGAAAAGGAACCAUUUUUAAACACAGAGGAGGGCGCGCCAUUUCACUCGGUUUUCAGGCUUGUGCGUCUCCAGUACAUCAUCAACGAUCUCGCCUCUGCACGCAUCCUAGAGAGAGACAACAUCCUACCUCCUGAUUGGCUAUCAGUGAUGUACAAAAACCAGUGGUUUGCUAUGCUCCGAACAGAGUUUGACAACGAUAAUGGACCUCAACAGCCAAAUAAAGACGAGUUUGAGCAGAACAGCAUGAGAUGUGGCAGGAAGCUGAGUAAAGAUGGAGAUUACUGCUGGAGGUGGACGGGCUUUAACUUUGGGUUUGACCUUUUGGUGACGUACACAAACCGCUUUAUAGUCUUUAAAAGGAAUACACUCAGUCAGCCGUGUGGGGGCGCUGUGAGCCUACAACCAAGACGACAUCUGGCUUAUAGGUUACGUCUGGCCUCCUUUGAUAGCCGAGGGAAGCUGGUCUGCAGUCGCUCUACGGGCUACCAGCUUCUCACCCUGGAGAAAGACCAGGAAUACGUGGUGAUGAACCUGGACAGUCGGCUGUUAUCAUUCCCCCUGUAUGUAUGCUGUAAUUUCCUGUAUACGUCACCUCAUUCAGACCAGCGUCCAGAUUCCUCUGAGCCAGAAAGUGCUGCUCGCGUCACGUCUUGAUAUCUGCUCAAACGGGCAUUAGCUGCUACCAUUCCUUUGGUGAGGUGGAACGACUGACCUAGACUGUGUGCAGUCCACCAGACCGCCUGCAUGCUUUUACUUCUGUGGAGUUUGGGGGAAUUUUUACAGCCGUAUGGACAGACUUUUUGGCACAUUUUACACACUUGGCGUACUGCUCAGAAGGGAUCACUACCUUUUUGUUCUAGAUCAGAUCUACCUUGCUUCUUUGCAAUGACAUGUUUUUCUUUUUUUAUUACCAUAUGGACACAGAAAAAUUGGCACCUUUUUUUUUUUUUGGGACACAUCCUGGUUUAAUUUGUGAUGUUCCCGGAUUACUACUGUACGAGUCUUCCGCCUCCUUCUAGCUCCUCCAGUUGUCCGUUUCUCUGCUGCCACCUGCAGGAUGCUCAAGGGAGUGUCCUGUGAUGGGUGCAAGUUUCUGUUAUUGGCUGAUUUGAAGGAUUCUGUCUGCCUUGGUAGGUUGUAGAGUUCUUAACAAAGCCU